AUGUAGUUAUCUAAGAAAUUUGAAGAGUUUUAAGACCUUGAUCCGAUUGAACACAUUCCCUAAAGACGAGUAUCAAGAACAAUGGGUUACCAGAACAGCGAAUCGAUCCAAGAAGAAGACGAGGAGCAGUCCUCCUCAAGUCUGAAUAUGCCAGAGUUAAUCAACAAAUUUAAGAAUUCAUCAAUCAAACAACCAGUGGAUGGCAGUGGGAGUGAUAUGAAAAUACCCACAAUCUAUACGAACAUGCACUCCAACAACAGCCUUGAAAAGAACCCUUUUCAAAUUGAAUAAAAAAUAAAAGUUUAUAAUAGUGAUAGUAGAUUGAUGGAUGUUUCAGUAUUGGACCCACAGGAUUCCCAAUACUCUGAAUCUGUAAGAAUAAAACAUGUAUUCUAGUUGCAAUCCGAAGUGAUGGACAAAAUGAAAUCUGCCACUCUCAAUUCAAUUCACGUGAAAAAUAUAGUGACCAAAUUCGUUCAGAAGAUGAGACCAAACAUCAAUUGGAGCCAAUUGAAAGACAUCACGUUGAUAGACGAUUCCACCCAAAGUAAAUGCAUUUAAAUAUAUGUAGUUUAACCCUAACUGUAUAAGUGGUUCACCUUCGCCUAUUUCACCUUGACCUCAGCCAUCAUCCUCUCAUCCUCCAUAUUCAUCCCCAUACACAUAGCCAAAGAGCCAGGCUUCGAGUUACCAGCGUACAUAACCCACUGUUUGGCACUAAUCCAAAUUAUAGCUGAUAUUUAUUUUAAACGAGGCCCCUUCCAUCUGAGUGAGGGCAAGUUUAAUCUUGAAUAUGUUGAUCAAAACAAAGUAGCCCUCGAUUUGAGUCGACUAGCAUCAGCCAUAGCCUUGAUCUUCCCAUACUAAUACGAGAUCAAAUACCUCAUCAUCCCUUAUAUCGUAUUGCAAUUGGUUAGACAAUCAGAACGCUUUGAAAACAUCUACAAUUCCACUCAAUUAAUAACUUACAUUUUGAUUCUUUGGGUGGCUUUGAUUAUGACAUUUGCUUGUCUCUUAGACUCAGAGGAAGACCUAAAUUAUUCACUUACAUUGGCUGUGUCCUUAUUGACUCACAAUGGAGCUAUAUCUAUUGAUGUCACCCAAUCAAAUGCCCUGCUCUUACAGGGUUUUAUGAUCGUUAGCUCAUUUACUAUGAUUUACACGGCCUCUGCCAUUUUCAUCUGGAUCAAACCUGCUAUGAAGUUGGAAGAGGAGAAAGAGAAACAUCUUGCUUCCUUUUUGAAUGGGAUUAAAGACAAAAGAAUUGAUUAUGGGUUGCAAUGUCGUUGUUAUUCGUAUUUGGAAUAUGUGAUCGAUGUAAUGCCUAUCGUCUAUCUAAGAUUAGGAAGACAUCAUUAAGACGAGAGAACUUUUAUCUAAGAAGUUGUCACCAGGGCUUUAGGAAGAACUCUAAGUUUCCAUUCGUUCUAAGAUGGUCGAUAAGAUCGGAUUGUUCGAGAAGUUUUCAUCCAGUCUGAAGUAACAAUUGAUUUACUGGUUUGAUAUUGCGCAAUACAAUCCUGAGGAGAACAUUGUCUAGGUAAGACAUUCAAUCAAGAAUUACAUAGGAACAUUAAGUCGAAGAUUUCUGUCUCUACUUUAUAUUAAAAGGGAAAGUGAAGAUCCAAUUUUAGGGGUAUUUCCAAGGCAAACCCAAGAGAACCUUUCAUACAUUAUCGGAAGGAUAAACCUUUGGGGAGUUCUCAUUCGUUAGUGGGAUUCCUCCAUAUAUUUCAAUCAACAGUCAGGGAUUGACCACCGUGUUGAAAUUGAGAAGAUCAGAUUUCUUAGAAAUCAUUAAGACAUACCCUUAAGACAAUGAGAUUUUUUGUUUGUUCAAGGACAAUUGUUACCAGAAUCAUAAUAUGUUCGAAUGCAAUUAUUGCAAAAUCAAGGGUCAUUUGCUAUUUGAAUGCCAAUACUUGUAGUAUUACCCUAAAAAACUGAACGUAAUUGAAAAGCAUAUAUACCCCCAUCCACAAUAACGCUAUAAAAUUGAAAGAAGAAAUAAGGAACCAAAGGCUCUUUUGAUGUUGUUUGUUGUGGGGGAACGAGCCAAACAAUAUUAGUAGAAAUUAUCAUAGGAAGUUAUGACAUCAGAGGACUUCCCUAUAUCAUCUCAACUACCUUACAGUGAAAGUAUUUAUACUCUUGAUAUAAAUAUAUAUUAAAUCUACAUAGAUUAGACCUAACAAUCCGCCAGCUAUUUGAGUAAAACCCAAUCCGUGCACAAGUAUAGUCCUGAACAGUUAAGCGAGAAUCCAGACAGCGAGGAAGAUCAACUCUAUGAGGAGUUAGCCAUCGACCCAUUACUUAGCAAUCAGUUAAGAAAACAAUAGAACAAGACUACCUUAAGAACCGCAGGAUUUCCCUUCAUGUCUGAAACUCUAGGUACUAAUUCAAACAAGCAUUCUUAGAAAACCUACACAAAGAAAAACUGCAAGUGAUUACUGAACAAUCAUAAAGUAAGUAAUUUGACUCUCUUAAUUCAAAACAAGAGGAAACCAAUCAAUUGAGCAAGUAGAGUAGUGGUUCACAAGCAUUCGCAAAGAAAAACCAUCAUCUUUAUACUGCUGCUCGUUCUAUGCAUGCUAAACUCACCUUUCGUUAUCAGCAACAACAAUCAGGAUAAAUUGAUGAUCAAAUUCAAUACCAAUAACAAUAAUAGAAUUCAGUAAGACAAACAUCGAAUCGUUCUAACACUUAUUCGAAUCCUCUAUCUAAUAAUUUAUCUAAUAAUCCCUCAAGUAAUUCUAAGCCUAAUACUAAAUCUGCUAGAGUUUCCCCAACACAAUUUUAAUAACCUCCACCAUAAAAAAAGAAGGAGGAAAGAGGAUCGCAUAGUGAUCAGUCACUUUCAGAACAGUAGAGGCACACAAACAGAAAAAAAAGUACUAAAACGGGCACUAAAGUAAGCAUACUAAAUUAGAUGUCCCAGUUCUAAAUAAUUAACACUCCAGAGGUAUCAAUUUUAUCUAUGAUAAGAAUCAUCACUAUUAAUAUAACGAUGUUGUGUUUAAUCGAUUCGAAAAGAUGCAUUUAUUUAAGCAUUAUAACCCACAUAAUAAUUAUGAUAAUGUAAUCAUCAGGUACAAUUAAUUAUAUAGUUUAGAAUGAACAAAUUCCGUAGAACCAAAAGAAGUAAACCAAUUCAUUACACUAUAAAAUGCUUUGUUUCCUCAAAAAUAAAGAGAGUAAAGAAGAUUUUGGAUUCUUAGUUAUGA